GGCUUGAAAGGAAGCUGCAAAGUUUGUUGAUCUCCUUGUGUUGUUGUUUUGUUGAAACAAGUGAAAUCAUGGUGCAGACGUGUUGUGUUAUUAACUGCCACAAUCGUUCACGCGAUCGCUCCGGGGAUAAAAAGGAUGGGGUGACAUUUUUCCCAUUUCCAACGUGGAAGCAAAGCCAAGGAGCUGUGAUCUGUGAGCUAACGAAGAGACGCCGAAUGGCCUGGAUAGCAGCCGUGAGACGACCACACAUCACUUUCGACGCCAUCACCCGACACAUGUUGGUGUGUUCACGGCAUUUUCACACUGGGAGACCAGCUUAUGAAAUGGAUGAAAGCCAUCCAGACUGGGCACCCUCAUUGCAUCUCGGACACACGGAGGUGGAAGCUGCAGAUAAGAGACUACACAUAACAUUGUACGAGGAGGAACUUUCUCCAACAAGAGAGGAGAACGAGCGGCUACGACAGCAACUGGAAGCUGUUUGCAAAACUCGAGUUGUGCUCCACGUUGAAGACAUCCAGCAGCUGAUUGGUGGUCAAGGAGAAUGUUCCCCUCAGCCACAGGGGGGGGGCGCCACAUUGGAGCAAGAGGAGCCACAGCCUGUUAAAGAGGAAGAAGAGGGCCUAGAGCCCGCCCACAUUAAAGAGGAAGAAGAGGAGCCACAGCCCCCCUACGUUAAAGAGGAAGAGGAAGAACUCUCCAUCACUCAGGAGGGAGAGCAUCUUCUAGGGCCAGAGGAGGCUGAUCUCACCAGGUUGCCACUGACUGGUGUCUCUGUGAAGACCGAAGACCCUGAUGACAAACCACCUGAGUCCUCACAGCUUCAUCAUAGUCCAAGUGAGGAGAUGAGAGAGGCGGAGCCUUCAUGCAGCAGCUCACUGCAACACAUGACAACAGAAGCUGAUGGAGACCACUGUGGAGGAUCACAAGCAGACAACCUCUUAGCUCCACUGUCAGAUAGUGACGACACAACGUCACACUCUCCUGAAGGUGAAGACAGCGACUUCAACCAAGAAUCUGUGAGCGGCGAUACAGACUGUGAAGGUGAUAUGAUGACUCACACUGGCAACAAACACUCUGAAAGCUCUAAAAAGAAGACAAGUAAACGUUUUAACUGCUCAGUUUGUGAUAAAAUAUUUUCUCGCAAGGGUAAUUUGGCUCAACACAUGAGAACGCAUGCAGGAGAAAAACUUUUCAGUUGCUCAGACUGUGGUAAAAAUUUCACUCAAAAGAUACAAAUGUUAUCACAUAUGAAAACACACACUGGAGAAAAACCUUUUAGUUGCUCAAACUGUUUUAAAAGUUUCACUCAAAAGGUACAUAUGGUAUCACACAUGAAAACACACACUGGAGAAAAACCUUUUAGUUGCUCAAACUGUGGUAAAGGUUUCAGUCAAAAGGUACAUAUGGCAUCACACAUGAGAAUACACACAGGAGAAAAACCUUUUAGUUGCUCAGAUUGUGGUAAGCGCUUCACUCACAAAAUAAAUAUGGUAUCACACAUGAGAAGACACACAGGAGAAAAACCUUUUACUUGCUCAGACUGUGGUAAAUGUUUCACACAAAAGACAACUUUGGUAGCACACAGAAGAACACACACAGGAGAAAAACCUUUUACUUGCUCAGACUGUGGAAAAAGUUUCACACAAAAGGCAACUAUGGUAUCGCAUAUGAGAACACACACAGGAGAGAAACCUUUUACCUGCUUAAACUGUGGUAAAAGUUUCACACAAAAGGCAACUUUGGUAUCACAUAUGAGAAGACACAGGGAAAAAGCAUUUUAGUUGCUCAGACUGUAGUAGAAGCUUCACUCACUCAGUAAAUGUCACGUCACACAGAAGGAAAAACUUUUAGUUGAUCAAAUUGUGGCGACACAUUCCCUUGGAAGUCCUCUUUGAAUAGACCCAUGCAGGGUCACUGAUGGUCUACAGAAGAGGCGUCAAACCCGUGACAAGGGGGCCGAGACACUAAAGCAGGUGGUCUUCAUGAUCAACACCUCCUUCAGUUUGAGGGAAGGAGCUCCUCAAAUAAAUCACCUGCUGGAGGAACUGGUUGGAGAGAAAAUAUGCACGGCCCUCCUUGGCCGAGUUUUACGCAAGGUCUACAGUGUCACUCAUUCAUUCAUUUUCUAAGAUGCUUAAUCCUCAUUAGGGUACACACUGGAGCCUACCCCAGCUGACUUUGGGCGAGAGGCGGGGGACAUCUUGGACUGGUCGCGAGCCAAUCGCAGGUCUGGAAAGUAGUGAUUGAAUUACUUUUACUGACUUUAAUGAGUUGUGAUUGAGGACAAGCGGCAAAGAAAAUGGAUGGAUGGAGUUAGUUGUGAGUCACUCGUUGAAGUGAAUCGAGUACUCCAGUCACAGAGCGCAUGAUUUGAUUUAAUUUUGCUCAAACAGUUGUAUGUCAUAAAAGGGAGUCAUGUUUUGUUUUGUUGAUAUUGUUUUAAUGUCUUUUGUUGUUACAUAUUGAUGAAAUGUCCAC